AUAAAUUCAUUUUAUUCUUUUAAUUGGACAAAAUGAUAUAUACAUGUAUUUUUUUCACAUUUCAUAUGAAGAUGUUUAUCUUAAUUACUUUAUUUUUACUCUCUUAAAACACAUUCUACGACAAUCUAUUCAAACAACUUUGCCAUUAAUGCCCAGUUUUUGCAGAAGGUGUUUGAUGGCCCAAUUAUCUCAGGUAAAUUUUAGGAUAGGGGCGAUUUAAAUCUUAUUUUCUGUUAAAGAUAAGUAUCGUACGGCGGUAUACCUCCGUCUGUCCCCAAACCCACAACAUGCAACUAAUUCACCCUCCCGUGACCGGGCUUUGUCAGAGAAAGGAAACCCGGAGGAUGACACGUUGAGGUUGCCGGGGGAUUUUACAUAAUGUUAAAAAGUUAAUCAAUUGAUUAUUUCAAUAAGGUGUAUAGAUGCCAAACGAUAACUCAAAUAGAUUCCUGCACUCUAAAUCUUUAAAUCAAAUAAAGGCUCCUUCAGACAAGCGGAACUCGUGUUUGCUUUCAAAGUGUCCUAUGCGAACCUUAACAAUUUGUAUUGACACUCGUUUAAAAUAUAUAUAUUUACGUAUGAAGCCGAGAUCUAUUGGGCUUUAUUCGUUACCUUGAUGAUCAAGACGACCCGUGAAGUCAUUUGCAUAAGUCAUUUUGGUCGCAGAAAGAAAAUUUAUCUAGUGGAAGUUUAUUUAUAUUAAUUGGUGUACAACAGGGCCAGAUUCUCAGUCGGCGGCAUAUUAAGGCGAGCAGUCGUCUGUCACCAUAUAAAAACACAAGUCGUGAAAAGAACACCGGGUCUGAUGGACUCUCAUUAUUCAUGAAGCUGCAAUGGAUAUUAUAAAACUCUUUUCUUAAAUCCACUUCAACACACAACAGCGGACCCAGACGCUCAGCAAGGCAACUUGUCCAAUGGAAGACAGAAAGAGAGCGAGUCUGGGUGGUUUUUGUGUGGUGUAGAAUUACUGAUCUGGAUCGCCAUUCAAGACCUGACGAGGACAAAGGAUAAGGGAAUCGAUCAUAAGGCACAUUCAAUGGACACUGUUAACGAAUCAUGUAAAAGACUAACGAGGGAUUACGUGUUUAUAGAUAAAAUGAUGAGGCAUGCAUUUAGAAAACUUUUGAAAAAUGUUUGCUCAAGAUUAUUGUGAACUUGAAAUUCGGGUUCUUUUGGACAACAGGAGAAUGUCGCUUCUGAAUAUUUGUUCCUAAUUCUGGAAUCUGGGCGAGUGUACGAGUACUUGAUGAUUUAAAUAACAGAAAAUACCGGGAGCUUAUCUGAGUGCUACAUAAAAUGAUUUCUUUGGACAUCUGUAACUCAGUGGAGGAGCAAACAGGUGAGGCGUCUGAAGUAAACUUUUAAACCUUUGAAGAAUUCAAUGAACGUUGUACCUAACAUAUUGGAUAAUAUACCGGCAUAUUGUAUCGUGACAGUGAUGGAUAUUUGAUCUGGUUGUCGGGCAUGUGGAAUCCACAAUAAUUUUGUGUUGGUUUCCUACAGUCGCCAAAUUACUAUUUUCGGUUUUUAAAUUUCAUUCGAUACGUUUUGAAUACACCGGCAUUGGUAGUAACUAUACUAACCAUUGAAUUCCAAUAAAAGUUAGGGUGUAGGUUUCCUCGUUGCAGUGGAUAAUCAUAACAAGUGAUGUAUUCUCGAAAGGAUUCACCAAAAUACAGUGCAGCCUCUGGACAUGCAACGUACAAGAAUGUACAACAACUGGCUCAGGAAUACAGAUCUUUAUCUUCCUCUAAGGACAAUGUGGGCAGUGGUAGAUCUAGAGGCAGAGAAAGUAGUUCCAAUUCCGGCAAUAGACUUUUACAUGAUAAACGAUUCCCAGUGUCUGACUCGAGAACAGAGGGGGGUCACCAAAGACCCAACCCAGGUAGAACGUACAAGCAACGUAGUCAUGGAGAGGAUCUUUAUGAAAAUGCAAGAUUUUACAAACAACAAGCAAUAUAUAAUUGGAUGAAUUCCUCCGAACAGGCAUUUGAGCGCCCAACGCAGGGAAGAUCCAGUGGAAGUUUCAAAGGUUCAUCUCUUGUGACAACAUUAAUUGCCCAAAAUCCCGUCAGGUUCAAAAAUCGUACUGCUGCUUUGCAAUUUGCUCAGGAUCUAUUUCGCAAAGGUACCAUAAAAAGUGUUCAUGGUGCCCGUUUUUUCGAGGAUUCUGAGCUUUUGUAUGUUUGGCAGGAUGAGAACCACCAACAAGAAAGGUCCGCACGAAGCAUGACGUCAUCAGAUCCUACAUCUCACGGUUUUUCCAGAAACAACGUUGACACCAAUUCCACAGAAGCUGAAACAAAGCAAAAAUCGUUUAUAAAUGAUUUCUUUAGGGAGCUCGAGGAAGAUUUUCCGGACACUAAAAAUUCUACAGAUGUAGAUAGAUCAGGGCACUAUGCGUCACUGACCCCGUGGGCCAUACAAAGGGCCAGCACCGCGUCCAGUGAUAGUUCUGCGGACACCAUAUCCCAUAGUUAUUCUAAAUAUAAGAACGCGUCAUUAAGGACAGCUGCUCCAUUUUCAAUGGCUACCUCACGAGACCACGAAGUUAUUCCGGAGGAAACAUCAAUAGAAAGAGCCGAAGGGCAUUCCUUGGAACUGGAACUUGAUCGCAGUUUGCAAAGAAUAGGCGAACCUUCGGCUACACGAAGAUGGCCGGAUCCUCAAUACAGUUAUUCCGAUAACGAAAAACAACUGAUAGAAGAAAUGAAACGGAUGAAGAGGGACCAUACGGAGAUUGUGAAAUCGUAUGAAGACAGGGUAUCAAAGCUAAUGACUAAGAUGGGAGAGCUACGAAGUAUUGCUGAAAUGCUUGAAAACUCAGGAACAAAGCCGAAUUCAUAUGGAGUUCUACAGAAAUCCACCUUACUUAAUCUUAUUGAUACCAAAUUAGAUCAGGAUAGAAAGCAACCAGAGAGCACAUUGGCCUACAGUUUAGAGCUACCUCCACCCCUGCCUCCUCGACCAGGGAGGGGGAAUGUCGUGUACCCCAACAAACCUCUCAUAAGACCUUCUGUGAAGAUGAAGGACUUGGACUGGAAUAGGAUUAUUCUUCAGCGCGCAGGCGAUGAUGCGGAUAGAAACGCUACAAGUAAUACAAUAUGGCACAGUAUGCUAGAACCUAAAAUUGACAACGAGGAGGUUGAAAGGUUGUUUCGACAACAAGAAGGUACUAAUAUGGACGGAAUGACCUUGUAUAGUGACGUCAUUUCACAGCGCGGAAAAACGAAACACCAAUUAGUUACCAUUCUCGAGAGGGAGAAAUCAGGUCGGCUUGCCUUCACCAUGAAAGCACUACCUCAUCCAAUGGCCAAGCUGUCACAGGCAAUAGCGACAUUAGAAAUAUUCCCUAUAAAUACAGACAGGUUUGCCGAACUGAUGGAGCUAUUUGGGGCUAGUACUGACGUUGACAAAAUCAAUGCCUACGUCAAAAGAAAGGGUCCAGGAAAUUUAGAUCAUCCAGAAUAUCUUCUAUAUGAAUUAUCCAAAAUGGAACAUUUCCGAGAACGUGUGGACUUCUUACGUUUCCGGUACAGAGCUCAAUGGCAGCUCUUUGAAAUGGAUCAGCAGCUCCGGGAAUUACAGACUGCCUGUGACGAAAUCACCAACAGCCUCUCCCUGAAGAAUCUCUUAGAAACCCUCCUGGCCGUUGGAAACUACCUCAAUGGAUCAUCACAGAACGGACAGGCUGAUGGUUUUAGCAUCAACAUCCUUAACAAACUUAAAGAUAUUAAAGACAUUGAUGACAAGGGUAACUUACUGGAGUUUAUUAUGAAGAUGUACUGCCAGUUUUAUGAAGUAGAAAUCGAUAUUGGAUGUCCCACUCGAUUCCGACUUCCAGAACCUUCUAACAUGAGGCAUGCCGCCCAGGUGUCCUUUGACAGCAUACAUGAAUCUUUGGCCACACUUCAUGCGGAACUCCGGUCAUUUCAAGACAAGAUCCUGGAAAAGCUGACAAAAACAGAAUCAUCCCAUUCGGUCACCAGUUUCAGAACAACUGCUGAGCAUUUCUUUACUUCAGCACAAGAGGUGAUGACAGAAGCAGACACUCAUCUUAGGGAAACAAAGGAAGUGUUCGAAAAUACAAAACUAUAUUUUAUGUACGACAGUCCCCAGUGUACUCCACAAGAUUUUUUCCAAAUCUGGGCUGUGUUUCUUCAUGACUGCAAAUACUAUUGGAAGCUUGCUCACAGAAAGAUAGCAAAAGACAGAUUUGAAUUUGAAUUUAAAUACAAAGGCCAAAUGUCAGUCAACUCAGCUCAUGGGUAUGAUAGCUUCCGAGCAAGUAUGCUUAGACGACUGACAACAUUACAUCGGACGAUCCCAGACAGGCCCUCCUCAGUAAAUCAAAAUUUGAAACCCCAGCUCAAUAACUGGACUGACACUGUAGAUGCGAAAACUCCACAGGAUGUUUCUGAAAAAAGCAGCUUAACUGUUAAGAAACCAGAUCUAGACCUAACAUCGUCUUCCUCACCAAAACUCCUGACAUCUGAACCACCUGCAAGUCUUCACAAACCACAGCCAUUGAUGAAUGGCCACCAAGAGGUUCCACAUUUACAAAGUUCGUCAAAUUAUGAAAACCAUGAAGAUGUAGAGAAUAUUGGGUUAGGUUCUCAGCCUGAUAUCGGUACUGAUUCUAUUGACGAUAGACCGCCUAUGCCACUGCCUUGUCAGGAAUCUGGUGAUCAAAAACAGGCAGACAAACAAGGGACAUUUUCUAUUAAAACAUGGUUAAAACGGGAGCCAGGUCGACCACAAAGAAGUACUGAAAAUAAAGUAUUGGGUGAUUUCCGAGCUGUCGAAACAACUGAACCACAACCAAAACGACCUUCCUCAAGUACCACAUUUAGCAAACUACGUAGCAACUUUGUUCAAAAGAUCACUGGUUCUAGCAACAACACCCCAAAGAGACCUAAUCAGCUCAGUGUUCAUAACCAUCAAAAUCCAGAGGUCUCUGAAUCUUGUUCUAGACCUCUGGAGGUAUCCCCCUCAUUUACCCCAUUAAAAAUAACCACAGACUUUGAAAACAUUGAUCCGUACAUGACAAGUUUGGGUCGUGACGAUCGACAAAACACGGAAAUUUCCAACAGUGGUGCACGGAAUUAUCCAUAUACAAGUUCCGCUGAUAGGCGAAAUUUCGAUCAUCGGUUGGCGGUGGGUCGGCGCGGGAAACACACGGGAAGAAAUGGGUCAGAUAUUUCCACAGAGUAUGCAGGAUUGUACCACACACCUCCAUUUUCAAAUACUGUUUCUGUUGACAGAGAUGGGUAUGCGUCACCAAAUGUGAUAGGUCCAUUUAACAAGAGUGAUAUUAAUAAUAAUGAGAAACAUAUCAAUAAUGAGAGUGAGAUUGACAGAGACAGAGGUGUUCAUGUACUUUCUAGAGCUCCUUUAUCUCACACUGACCAUCACAAUCUGUCAUUCCAAUCUAGAGACAAUGUGCCUGCAGCAAAAUUGAUUUCAGGCAACAUGCCAAAUUAUAAAUCAAAAAGUAAUCCUAGACAAGUACGACUUGAUGUGUCGUCUGCAAUGAAAUACCAAGCAGAAAUAGGAUCACAACAACUUACGGAAAUGUCACCUUCAGAUAUGUCACACACGGACUUGAAAGUUCCAAUGCGAGAGCACAGACCUCCUCCUCCAAUAGAUAACAGUCCAGCUCAAACAGAAACGAAAAAAGAGUCUUCUUGGAGAAAGGAUCUAAGUAAAUUAUACAACGAGUCUCCACCAUCCACAAAACCUAGCGAGGAGAAACCGGUAAAAAUCACGUUGGGUCGGGCCCAUCAGCGGCAACAAAAGGCAGCUCAGCAACAGCAGCAGCAGCAGCAACAGCAAAACAACCUUAAGCCAAUUGCUGGAAAUAUAGGAAGCAGCGCCAUUAAAAGAGAUAUUCCACCCCAAAAACCACCUAGAACUCCACAAAUGCAGCGAUCCCAAUGCCAUAUGGAUUUAUCCCAAACAAACGAAGAUCAGGAAAAACCAGUCGUUCCUGAGCGGAGUCGUGCACAACAUCAUGCCAUUACAUCACUUAUCAGCCGCUUUGAAAAGAACACUCCCUCGAAUGAUCCUUCCUCGGUCAAUCGAAAUUUAAACAAAAAUAAAAAAUUAGCAAUGACCUCAACUCCACUGACAGAAAGCAAACAAUUCACGGAGGAAGAAGAUCCUCCGCCACUUCCCCCUAGAUUUGAUUAUCAGUACCCAGACGGUAGAUUACAAUAUACUUCAAACUCCAACGAAUCAACCCUAGUCAAGACGCCAGUCAAUAGCCAGUUAGACAAUAAACAGUCACAAAGUGUACCAAAUUAUCUACAUUCAAAACUCUCAACUCGUUUUGAUGGGCAUUUUAGUGAUACUAAAGCUUCCCUACCAAAACCUGUUCAUUCUCGGGAAAGCACUGGUCUAAGUGAUGUAGAGGGAUAUACAGAUCAACUACGCAAAGCCGCCAGUAGCUCUGUGUUUGACAGGUACAAGCAGCACAGACUUCAGGCUCAUUUUGACAAUGACUCUAAACCAACCGUUGAAACGGCCCGUAGAAAUUUAAAUCUGGUUUAUGAUAGACAAAGUGGUUCAAAUGCAAAUUACAAUACGCACCAACCAGUGGCUUCACAUUCUACCUCCUUGCAAAAUAAUACACCACAAUUUACCAAAGUCAAUCACAAUCACGUGACGCCGUCUACUUCCUCUUAUGGCCAAAGAAAUGCUUGGAGGGAGGAAGGCUCAACAGCCGUAGUUAAACCCUCAAUGAUACAAGGGGCGGUUAUGGACUUUUAGUGCGCUUGUGUUUUUACAUUUUAAAAAUAUUCCAACAUUUACUAUGACAGGGUCCUUACAAAUCUUUACGAUUAUCCUAUUGUAGAACAUGUGCAACCAAAUAUUGUAUUAUAUUGUAUUUUGUAUUCAAAGUGUUUACUUUUUACAAAUUAUAUUUCUGAUAGAUAUUUGAUGUCAGAUCUGAUAUUUUAUA